UUUGACUUUCAUCAAUAUCUCCUCAAAUUUUAGUACUUUUCUUCCAGGCUGAUUUGGAUUUGGUCAACGUUGAGACAAGCUUUCAUUUGUAAGGGCAAAACCACAGCGCUCAGUAAUGGUCACCACCACCGAGCCCAACGGGGUGCAACCCAGCCCCUCUGAGGUACCAGCCUCCAGCGAACCCAUCGCCAUUGUCUCCUCAGCCUGUCGCCUCCCUGGUCACGUCAAUAGUCCUCACCAGCUAUGGCAUCUCCUCUACACAGGAGGCAUCGCCGCCUCAGACAUAGUCCCACCAUCCCGCUUCAAUGGCCGCGUUCAUCGUGAAAGCUCUGGGAGACCAGGUACUAUGACCGCCGGGGCUAUGUUCAUCGAGGAUAUCGACCCCGCCGCGUUUGAUGCUGCGUUUUUCAACAUCAGCAAGGCGGACGCGGUGGCCAUGGACCCGCAACAAAGACAGUUGCUGGAAGUGGUAUACGAAUGUUUGGAGAACGGCGGCAUCACGCUGGAGCGGAUUAGCGGAGAGAAAGUUGGGACGAUUAAUAUUGAUACCGGCCUCGAACCAGAUUAUCAAGAUAUCCAAGCCCGAGAUCCUGCAGAUCGCCCUCCGGGCACUCUUGUCGGCCUGGGUCGCGCUAUUCUCAGCAACAGAAUCAGCCACUUUUAUAAUGUCAAAGGCCCCAGUAUGUCUAUCGACACCGCCUGCUCAGGAGGCCUGACAUCGAUCGAUGUGGCCUGUCACUAUCUCCGAUCGGGCCAGAUUUCGGGUGCCAUCGUAGCUGCGGCAAAUCUCCAGCUCUCCCCUGAAGUAAUGAUGGACAGGGGAACUAUGCGAGCCGCCUGGUCUUCCACGGGCAAAUGCCACAGCUUUGACGCAAAAGCAGACGGCUAUUGCCGCGCUGAGGCAGUCAACGCUGUAUUCCUCAAACCUCUCUCUGACGCCGUCCGAGACGGCGAUCCCAUCCGCGCGGUAAUUCGUGGGACAGCCACUAACAGUGACGGGCGCACUCCAGGUAUCACCAACCCCAGCGGCGAAGCCCAGGUAGCGGCGAUUCGCGCCGCAUAUGCGGCUGCCGGGCUCGAUGGUGCCUAUGCCGGGACGGGAUUCCUCGAAUGUCACGGUACAGGCACGCCAGUGGGCGACGUUAUUGAAGUCAAGGCCGCUGCAUCCGUGCUUGCACAUAUGCGGGAACGGUCCGACCCGCUGAUAAUUGGCUCUGUCAAGAGCAGCAUUGGACACUCGGAGCCGGCGGCAGGAAUUUCUGGGCUGAUCAAGGCCAUGUUAGCGGUAGAAACGGGUAUGAUUCCUGGAAAUCCUACCUUUAUAACUCCCAAUCCCAACAUCGACUUCGAAGGCUUGCGCGUGUUCGCAACACGGGAAAAUAUCGCGUGGCCAGAGGCUUCGAGUCACUACCGCAGGGCCAGCGUCAACUCUUUUGGCUAUGGCGGGUCCAACGCCCACGUUGUACUGGAAAACGCAACACACUUUUUGCAGCACAGGGGUGCGGCACUCCUAAGUGCUCAGCCCUUUGUGUCCUCUUUGGUAGAGUGCAGAGCGGAGUUGGCGGCUUUGCAUACUUGCAACGGAAAUAGGAACGGGUCAGCUGCAGAACUUAGCAUCAGACCUCAGGUCUUGGUCUUCUCUGCCAACGACGAAGACUCUCUGAAGCGCCAAGUCGAUUCGCUCUCGCAACACGUGGUCGAGCCUCGCAUCAGCGUCAAGCUGUCCGACCUGGCCUACACGUUGUCAGCACGACGUUCCCGUCACUUUUGCCGCGCGUUUCUGUCUUGCCAUCCAAACCCAAACGGCAACGUCGAUCAAAUUCAAACGAAUCUUGUAAAAUACGCCAAGAAGCCCCAAAGUCCACCGAAGAUCGUAUUCGUCUUCACCGGCCAAGGAGCACAAUGGCCGCAAAUGGGUGCCGAGCUUCUUCGGAUGUUCCCCAAGACGGCCAAGCGCUGUAUACAGGAGCUCAACGAUGUCCUGCAGCAACUGCCAGAAUAUCUGAGGCCCAAGUGGUCGCUGCUCGAGGAGCUCACGGAGCCUCGCUCAGGCGAUCACCUCAGACAGCCCGAGUUCUCCCAGCCAUUGUCGUUGGCUUUGCAGCUCGCCAUACUGGCUGUGCUUGAUUCUUGGAAUGUACAGGCCGAUUUUGUUGUAGGGCACUCCUCAGGAGAAGUUGCUGCGGCAUGCUGCGCAGGGCUCUUGACACCAGCACAGGCGAUUCUGGGAGCUUAUCUCCGGGGACUGUCAGCCAAAGAGUUUCACCCCGUCCGAAGAAUGGGUAUGCUGGCCGUAGGUCUAGCUCCCGAAGCCAUCCAGCCGUACUUGAAGUUGGGCAGUUUCACUGGCGAGGUGUCCAUAGCUUGCUAUAACAGCCCGUCUAGUGUGACGCUUUCCGGGCCUGCGGAGCUUCUGUCCGACCUAAGUGAGACUAUCAAGGCGGAUGGACAUUUCGCCCGGAAGCUGCAGGUCGAACUGGCAUACCAUUCUCGGAACAUGGUUGCCAUAGCGGAACGGUGCGAGAGUCUGCUGCUGGGCCAUGGCCGCCUGGCCCCUGACGUCGAACCUAAGGUAGGCGUUGGACGGCCAAUCAUGAUUUCAUCAGUCACGGAAAAGCCUAUUUCUGGGACGGGUAGUUGUGAUGCGGCCUACUGGAGAACGAACAUCACGUCGCCUGUUAGGUUUGCAGGUGCAUGCAAGAGGGUACUCACUGAGGAGUGUCGAGAACCAAGCAUUGUCAUCGAGAUUGGACCGAGCAAUACCCUCUCGGGUCCUAUAUCCCAGAUUAUGAAGGAAGCAGGAGUUGAAAAUGCUGCCUACACGUCCGCCGCGAGGAGAGGCGAGGAAGGGGUGGAUACGCUCUUCAACGUGGCGGGUCAGCUCUUUCUGCACGAUACCAGCAUAUCCCUUGAAAGGGUCAAUACCGACGAGACCAAAUCGAACAGAGCAUAUCCGGCACUUAUUGUGGACUUGCCCAACUACCCAUGGAAACACUCGACGCGUUAUUGGCAUGAAAGUUUCGCUAGUUUGGAUUAUAGAUUCAAAAAGUUCCCGCAGCAUGAUCUACUUGGCGACAAGGUGCUGGGGACACUUUGGCAGUCCCCUUCGUGGCACAAGACCCUACGCCUUGACGACCUGCCUUGGUUGAGAGAUCACAGGGUUGGGUCAGAGAUCCUUUUCCCCGCGGCCGGCUAUAUGGCCAUGGCAUUGGAAGCUGUUCGUCAGAUGAUGUGGGCAACAGCUGGCCCAGAAGACGUGCCAGAUCUAGAGAAUCGCAACUAUCACUAUACGCUAAAAGACGUGCGGUUUCCGCGCGGUCUGGUGCUUGAAGACGGCGUUGCUGCAUCUUUGACGUUGGCUCUGACGCCCGUGACAAAAGUUGGCGUCGGCUGGUGGGAGUACAAGGUCAUGUCGCGAAUAGCUUCAGAAUCGUCAUCUACGUCUUCAGCCAUUGUUCCGGAUCAGUGGUCUGAGAAUAGCGAAGGCCUGAUACGACUAGUACUGAACAAGCAUGCGCCGUUGCCCAGUACACCUCAAAAUGCAGGUUCUUUGCCGCUAAAACACCCAUCGCCGGGAAAGCUUUGGUACAAGGCAAUGGCGGACGUUGGACAGAUAUGGGGACCCGACUUUCAACAGAUUCUGUCUGUCGAGGCUACGGAAGGCCAAUCGUACUCGCGGUCCAUCGUUUCUCUGCUACCGCCAUCCUCAAAGUGGGAACCACAGUCCGAGUACCCGCUCCAUCCCGCAUGUAUGGAUGGCCUCGUGCAGGCUGUAUUUCCCGCGCAUUAUCACGGAAGCCACGAGAACGUGGAGGGCGUGCUGCUUCCAGCCAGAAUUGAUCAACUUACCGUGUCGGGCCGAACAUGGAACUCAAAUGAAGCACUUUCUAUCGGCAUAUGCGAGUUUCAGAGCGUGGGCAUUCCCGAAGAAUCCAGGAAGCUUCUGUCCAAUGCAUCCGUCUUUGAUCCUCUCAGUGGUGAUUUCAUCAUGGAACUCAAGGGCCUCGUCUUCACCCCACUGGACGUGGACAAGAGUGUCCAUCAGUCUCACACGUACAGUCGGCUGUCUUGGAAGUCUGAUUGGUCUCACUUGGACAACAGUGAGAGGCUGCAGCGAGCACUGGGUAGCGUUGGAGCCGAUCCCGAAAUCGAGAUCCAAGAGUUGCUAGAUCUUGUGGCCCACAAGAAGCCGAACCUGAGAGUCCUCGAGCUCAACCUCGUUCCUGGUGAAGGGGAAAGCCUCUGGCUGUCCAGACCUGCAAGUGAUCAUUCGAUCCGCGGCGCUUUCAGUGAGUUUCACCUCGCCUGUGAUCACGCAGACGAUGUGAGUGCCGCCAAAGACCUGUACACAAAACCGCCGAAUGUCAACUUUCUCGUUCUCAACCCUCGCAGCGACGAUUUUUCGCAGCCAGAAGAGCUGGCCAAUCUUGACCUUGUGUUGGUCAAGGCCCCGCAUCUUUCGACCUCUGCACUGGAGCGGAUCGCCAGUAAUCUGCGCGGUCUAGUGGCGGAUGGUGGAAGCUUGAUCGUGCAUCAAGUCGAACGUCCUAAUCUUCUGAACGGCCAUGGGCAUGGUACAGACGGAAUUGCGGGAGAAGACAAGUCAGAAGCCGAUGUGGAGCCAGAAAGCAACGGGAAUUGCAAUGCUAUGAUGAAUGGACACCGAACUCCAACUGGGCCUGACCCCGAGUCGAACUCGAAAAGCACAGCCACGGGCAUUUGGGAGCGUCACCGGUUUGCCAAAAUCAGGCACACGGCAGCUGGAUCCAUCAUCGCGGAAGCCGCCAUCGCGCAUCCGGCCUGGAAAGAGACGAAAGGUACAUCCAUCGUCCUGCUACACCUUUCCCCGCCAGACGACAUUAUUUCAGAGGUAGGUGCACGCCUACGUAGCCAGGGUUGGGAUCUUUCCGAGCUGCAUCUGCAAGAUGACCCCUCGCUCUCUCGACUGAGUUCCAAGUCGAUUGUCCUGGUGCUUGGCGAGCUCUGUCAGCCUAUACUGGCGACGGCGACGGCGACCCAAUGGAUAGCUAUCCAGACCAUCAUCCAGCGAGAAUGCAACCUUCUUUGGGUGACGAGGGGCUCACAGAAGACGGUCGAUUCGCCCCUCAAUGCCGUCUGUCACGGUGUCUUCCGCACCAUCCGCGGUGAGGAGCCGCAACUUCGUCUGGUGACCCUGGACAUCGAGUCCAGCACAAUUAAGACCUUGCCGCAGACUAUCGCGGCCAUGGGCCGAGUUCUACGUGAUUUUCACUCGCCAUCUUUAGCAUCGUCCGAAUGCGAAUAUGUUGAGCGGCGUGGGCUUCUGUAUGUCAGCCGCAUCUGGCCUGACGAGGCCGUAAACCGAGCCAGCAGUGAGGACAGCUCAGCCGGCCGCCCACCUGUCGAGAUGGAUUUGCAUGCUUGCAAGUCAACUGUUCGCCUUGUCUCAGAAAAGCUCGGCACCCUUGACUCGCUGGCAUUUGUCGAGGUCGGAGACGGGAAGCCGCCAGUAUUGGGGCCCGACGAAGUUGAAGUCGAAAUCUUUGCGUCGGGUUGCAACUUUAAGGAUGUUGCUGUAGCCAUGGGUAUCGUUCCUGAGGACCAGAAGCGGCUCGGACUUGACGGUGCUGGGGUUGUGGUUCGCUCGGGUGAUGCUGUGCAGGACCGCCGUAUUGGCCAGCGAGUCGCAGUUCUUCGCAACGGUUGCUAUGCUAACAGAAUUACUGCUUCAUUCAAGGCUACUGUUCCCAUACCGGAUUUUAUGACAUUUGAGGAAGCAGCCACUCUCCCCGUCGUGUUUGGCACCAGUAUCUAUGGCCUCUACCACCUGGCUAAUUUGCAGCGACGGCAGCGUGUCCUGAUACACUCGGCUGCGGGUGGCAUCGGGGUGGCCUGUAUCCAGCUAUGUCAACGUCUUGACUGCAACCUGUUUGUCACUGUCGGAAACACGGAGAAAAGAGAAUUUUUGAAGCAAGUAUUUGGGAUUCCGGACAAUCGCAUCUUUUCCUCGCGCUCCACAUCAUUCGGGCGUAGUAUCCGCGACGCAACUCAAGGUUAUGGCGUCGACGUCGUCAUGAACUCGCUGACAGGCGAACUGCUGCACGAGAGUUGGUCCCUACUCGCGCCCGGUGGAACUAUGGUUGAGAUCGGGAAAAGAGACAUUCUUGACCGAAAUUGGUUGCCCAUGGAUCCAUUUUCACACAACCGUUCCUUCCGCAGCUUGGAUCUCAGUACUUUGCCACUGGACGUAAUUGGCAUAGUUCUCAACGAGCUUUCUGUGCUUGUCCGCGGCGGUCAUGUCAGACCCAUCACGCCACGGAGAGAUUUUGGCUAUCAUGAAGUUCCCGCCGCCCUGCAACUCCUCCGAACUGGAAGCCAGAUCGGAAAGGUAGUCAUAUCGAAUGGCCCAGAUACCAGAAUUAUUGUACCGGUUCGGCCAGCCAAACGGGACCUUGGCCUGCUUCUGCAGCGAGAACGCGCUAUAUUUAUUGUUGGUGGGUUGAAAGGGGUUUGUGGAAGUCUCGCGGUUCAUCUCGCGCGGCAAGGAGCCAAGCAUCUGGCUAUCAUGUCACGCAGUGGGCAUCAAGAUGCAGUGUCCAAGUCUGCUGUCCGCAACAUAUGUGCCUUGGGAUGCACUGUCGACUUGCUUCAGGGUGAUGUGACGAGCGUUCAAGACUUGCAGCGCUGUUUUAGCGAGGUCUGCGUCCCGAUUGGAGGCAUUAUUCAGGGUGCAAUGGUCCUCAGAGACCGUACUUUUGCCUCCAUGUCCCAUGCCGAAUUUACUGAAGCUCUCGCAUGCAAAGUGCAAGGAACUUGGAACCUCCAUACUGUCUCCCUCGAAACCCGGCAACCGAUAACCUCCUUUGUUACACUGUCGUCUGUAUCCGGCCUCGUCGGCCUGAAAGGGCAAGCCAACUACGCCGGCGGCAACGUGUUCCAGGACGCUCUUGCUGCUUACCGACGUGGACUAGGCUUGCCAGCCAUCAGCGUCAACUUGGGACCGGUCGAGGAUGUUGGUGUGAUUAACGAGAACGAGAGUCUCCAGGGCAGAUUCGACGAUAGGUUUUGGAAGGGUAUUAACGGGAUCCUGUUGCGACGGAUCCUCGACUAUGCUCUUUUGCAGCAGCUGAGCGAUCCGGAGCAGCGGUUGAGCAACACCGGGGAGACACAGUUGAUCACGGGCAUCAAAGUGCCGCAGCCCGCAGACAGCCCGCUUUUGAACGACGUGCGCUUCUCUGGUCUGCACACAUCCUCUCAAGCUAGCACACAAAACACUGCGGCUACGCAAAAGGACAAAGAAGUCCAGAGCUUCCUCCUUGUCGCCCAGUCCUCGAGUCCUGAUCCUACAGUACUCCUCUCAGCUGGAGUGGCGGCCAUGUCAGCCCAGUUUUCCAAGCUGCUGAGUCUAAACAGUCCCAUGGACCCGGCGCGGCCGCUCGGCGCCUACGGCAUGGACUCGCUGGCAGCGGUGGAGUUGAGGAAUUGGGUUCGGGGGACGAUAGGGGUAGAGCUAACCACCUUGGAGGUGAUGAAUGCAGUGAGCUUGGUGGCUCUGUGUGAAAAGAUGAUUGCGAGGAUGGGUGUAUCGGUGAAUGGGAAAUGAGUGAGAAGGUGAAAUACGAGUGGUUAUAGGUGUCGAGAUGGGUGAGAUGGCUCCUGACUUGUUUUUCCAUCCAUUUGGAUCUCCGGUGUUGUACUUAUCGGCUUCAUAGACGUUGGACUUCCUCUAUCCAGUAGUAAAAGGUGUGAGUAUUAACAUCGCCCGGUUGAGACCCGUUAGAGCUAGAUUUCGUAGAUUCAAAAGCUUCCGUUCCCUGAUUCGAUCAGUUGU